GCCUCGUCGAUGCUCCGGCGACGCGUCAUCGACCUCGCAUUCGCUUCGUCUUUCUCUCGCGAACGAGAGAUCCAGAGAUUUAGCUCUUGAGAACCCUAGAGAUUCGAAUUUCGAUCGGUGUUUGCAUUGAGGAUUCAUCGCCGGAUCGGUUUGUGGUUUUGAUGCGGAGGAGAUCGGCGAUGUGUUCGUGGUGGUGGCAUUGAAGAGUUGUUUCUCUUGAGGGGUUUUUUCUUGCUGGAUCUUUGUGGAAUUGGGGUUUUCUGGCGGUUUUGGGAUGGAUUUGUUUGGUGUCAGCGAGGAGCUGGCCGAGAUUGAUGGGCAGAUCACCGAUGUUUUGCGCGCAUUGUCAAAUGGAUUCCAGAAGUUGGAGAAAAUCAAGGAUCCGAGCCGGCAGAGCCGGCAAUUGGAGGAACUCACCGGGAAGAUGCGGGAAUGCAAAAGGCUUAUCAAGGAAUUUGAAAGAGCGAUGAAGGAAGAAGAGAGGAGAAAUUCUGCUGAUGCCAACCGAAUGCUGAAUGAUAAAAAGCAGUCAAUGAUCAAAGAACUGAAUUCAUAUGUUGCUCUCAAGAAGGAAUUAGCAAAUAAACUCGAAAACAAACGGGUUGAUCUUUUUGAUGAUCCUGCCAAUGGAAAUGGCUUUGCAAAUGAAGAAAAUGUUCUGUUAGCUUCAAAUAUGUCAAAUCAGCAGUUGAUGGAUAAUGGGAACCGUAUGAUGGAUGAGACUGAUCAAGCGAUUGAGAGAUCAAAAAAGGUUGUACAAGACACUAUGAAUGUAGGAACGGAGACCGCGGCUGCCCUCAAGGCACAGACAGAACAAAUGAGCAGAAUUGUAAAUGAGUUGGAUUCCAUCCAUUUUUCAAUAAAGAAGGCAUCUAAACUGGUGAAGGAAAUUGGUAGGCAGGUGGCAACAGAUCGAUGUAUAAUGGCCUUGCUCUUCCUAAUUGUGAUUGGGGUUAUAGCGAUCAUUAUUGUGAAGAUUGUGAACCCAAAUAACAAGGACAUACGGGAUAUUCCUGGACUUGCACCACCAGCCAGUCGGAAACUCUUAUGGGAUCUCAAUGGCCGAUGAAGACUGGCCAUUAUUUACAAGUCAUGAGUCCUCUAUUUACCACCAAUUCAAGCACAGCCCACAGGACUUCAAGAAUUUUCAAAUAUAGAGCUCUUGUGCUGGUAAGUUUUUGAAAUGCCGUGGUCUUAACAUUUAUUUAAUCUAGAAUCUCAUUGAGUAUUCUACUUUUAUUAGAAGAUGUUAUUGUUAUUAGGCAAUGAAGCUGUGCAUCCUGUUCUUCAAGGUGAAACUCAUGGAUUGAAUUUAUUAUGUAUCAACUUUGACUUAUAUAUUCGGAUGUCGAAUUAGGUGAAAUAUUAAGAAUUUUUCUCCCUUAU